AUGGGGCGCACGCUCGAUGACGAUGACGAGUGCUUUCCCAGAGGAAAAGCACCUCUUGCAAAACCUCUCGCAAAGUCUCCCGCGAAGGUUCCCACACCCCGGCCUGCAAAACCCCGCAAGGCCGCAGAAGCUAGCCAUGCCGUGACGGACGGGGACAGGGUUUUAGGCGGCGAGGGUUUUGUGGGUGAUGAAGGAAAGAACAAGGAAACCCCGGAUAAGAAGGGGAAAGCUAAGAUUGAGCGUGGAGAGGGAGGAGCGAAGGAUCGAAAGCGGGCUCGUGAGGAGAUCGCAGCAGGAGAGACGGAAGUAUCUAGAGAAAAGCCAGGGAGAUAUGGAGAGCCGGGGAAAAAAUCCGACGAGGCGAAAAAAGCCCACGCGCGGGGAGAGGGGAAAGCGGCGGCGGAGGGGAAGAAGAAUAAGCGGAAGAAGGGAGCGGGUGGGGCGGUGAAGCAGGGGGUGAGCGUGCUAGAGGAAUGGGUGGAAGAAGAGGAGGACAUCGGCGCGCAGAUUGCCCUUGCGAGAGCCGAGGAAGCUGCGAAGAAGGAGGCGGAGGAGGUUAAGAGGCGUUUGGGAGAUAAGGAGAGCAUGGCGACGAGUGUGAAGGGCUUCACUGCUCAGGACGCCACGCCAGGGAUGCAGCUGUGGGGCUGUGUUGCAGAGGUCACUCCGUCCGGCCUUCUUAUCAGCCUGCCACAUGGCGUGUUCGGAUUCGCUGACGUGGCAGAAGUAUCUGACCAGAUAUCGGGUUGUUUAGGGAAGGCGGAGAGGGGAGAAGCAGUGGAUUGGGGGCAGGAGGAUGAGGAGAUGAAGGAGGAAGGGGAGGAGGAGCAGGAGGAGGGGGAGGAGGGGGAGGAAGAAGGAGCAGGGGGCGAGAGCAUCAAGCAGAAGGUAUGCAGUUUUCCUUGUGGAACUGUCUUUUCUUUCCUCCCUCCUCCUCUCCCACACCCUCCAACCCUCCCCCCCCUUCCCCCCUCCCCUCCCCCUUCUUCCGCCGCUUUCCAUUCUUCACUCUCUCCUGUUUCCUCCCAUAUCCUGCCAAAACCCUCUCUGAACCCUACGCGUUCUCCUCUGCUUCGCCCCCCGCCGCUAGACUCCCCGCAUGCGAGCAGCAGAGUGGAUGGCGCGCAUAUUCUCGCAGGGCCAGCUCGUACCCUGCACUUCCCUGGAGUGACGUUCCGCAAGGGGCAGCUGCUGCCAGUGCCGGUGGUGGUGGAGGGGCGGGACAAGGCACACAAGACGCUCACAGUCUCACUCGAACCCACCCCUGCCACUAGCAAGGCCGCACAAGCACAAACACCACCACCAGGAGCAGCAACAGCAGGAAAGGGGGAGGGUGGGGAGGGCGAGGAGGAAGGGGGUGCAGCGGUGCUACCGGGGCAGCUGGUGCAGGGCAAGGUGCUGCACGUGCUGCAGGAUGGAUCCAUGGCUGUGGGCCUGCCCACUGCCACUGCUUGGGUGCAUCCCUUGAACCUGCCCCGUCCGCUGCUCUCUCGGGACCAGUGCCUGGCCAUCUUCCCCAUUGGUGCCAUGGUCAAAGCGCGUGUGCUCUUCUGUACACAUGCUGCAUCAGGGGCAGCAACAGCAAGCAGCAGCAGCAGCGCACACGGCACUGAUCCCAGUGUGGUGGUGCCGACCAUAGCACUCUCCCUCAGCUCAGCUCUCCUCCGCGCCACCCCUCCCUCCAUUGAGUGGCAAGCGUCCCCUUCCGCCCCCCCCACCAAGGUGCUUCCAGGCUCUCUCUUCCCCGCUGCUGUUGUGGAGCGCAUUUACCCUGGGCUGGGCGUGCUGCUGCGACUGGCGGGAGGGGAGAAGGAGAAGAAGGAGAAGGGGGCCGAGCAGGGGAAGCAGGGGAAGGAGAGGAAGAAGCAGUUGGGCAAGGCGGCGUAUGCACUUGUUCCUCUGCGCCAGCUCUCUGCAUCUGGGGCACCCGCCAUCCCAGCGCAUGUGGCGGAGGGCAAGCAAGUGUGUGCGCGCGUGCUGCACCUCUGCCCCUCCGACGGACUCGCCAUCGCGUCCCUCAAGGGCAUGGCCGUGAAAACAACACUCUCCCCGGCAGGCGUGCAGGCGGGCAAGCUGGUAACAGGCACAGUGGUGGCGGUGGCAGCAGAGGGCGUGCGAGUGCAGCUGGCGUUUGAGCAGUGGGGGUGGUGCCCUCGCGCACACAUGAGCGAGGGCAGGGGCACGCACCGGGACGACGCCGCCUUUAAGCCAGGGGCGUUGCUGCAGUUCCGAGUGCUGCGCCAGGGGGAGGGCCCCGAGGGACCUGUGCUGCUCACCCACAAGAAAACACUGCUGUCGUCCAAACUGCCUGUUCUGACGAGCCCUUCGCAAGCAACGGCGGGCGUGUGCACGCACGGGUGGGUGGAGACGGUGACUAAGGAUACGUGCACCGUGCACUUCUAUGGGGACUUCUCUGCCACCAUCCACAG